AUGAUUCGAAAACAAGCCCGCCAAAGGCGUGACUACCUCUACAGGAGGGCCCUCAUCCUCAAAGAGGCAGAAAUCAGCGAGAAGCGCGCAAAACUGCGAACCGCCAUAGCCGCCGGUCGAUCCAUUGACUCCUCCAUUGCUCAAGAUAAAGCCCUACGGAAAGACUUUCAAUAUGACGAAUCGAGACAAGACCUCGACGCCAAUGAGAUGGCCGACCUCGAUGACGAGUACCACCUGUCGGGGAUUCAAGACCCCAGGAUAUUAGUGACGACCUCCCGUGACCCUUCCAGCCGACUUGCCACUUUCUCCAAGGAAAUCAGGUUACUCUUCCCCACGUCGAUCCGACUCAAUCGUGGAAACCUCAUUCUCCCGGACCUGGUCAGGUCAUCCCAAGGCGCCGGCCUCACCGAUAUGAUCCUCCUCCACGAGCACAGAGGUACUCCGACGGCCGUAACAGUCAGCCAUUUCCCACACGGUCCCACUGCUUCCUUCUCCCUGCAUAAUGUCGUGCUUCGUGGAGAUAUUCCCGGCAGUUUGCGUGGCACGGUCAGCGAGCAAUAUCCUCGUCUCAUUUUCGACGGCUUCACAACCCGGCUUGGUCAGCGAGUUGUCAAGAUAUUAAAAAACUUGUUCCCUCCGAGGGACCCGCUCACCAACAAAUCGAAGAUAGGCAGCCGCGUUGUAACGUUCAAGAAUAUCGAGGAUAGCAUAGAAGUCAGGCACCACGUCUUCGUCAAAACUUCGUACGACAGCGUAGAGCUUGCUGAGGUCGGCCCUCGAAUGACGAUGAGGCUCUUCGAGAUCCGAGCCGGCACCUUAGAGAACAAGGACGGCGAUGUUGAAUGGCAUCUAUCGCAGUACACGAGGACGGCAAAGAAGAAGGACUAUCUCUAA